AUGCCCGAGCCCGACUCCGUCUCCGCCCAGGGCGGCGGCAGCAACUCCAGCGAUUUUGACCCUGCCUACGCCAACAUUGUCAGAUGGGGAAACGAGGGCGACACCUUCGUCAUUUUGGAGGCGUGGGAGUUCAAGCACUCAGCCUUCCGUGCCGACAGAAAGGACAACCUGGAUAACAUCAGACGAAAGGCUCCUGCGCAGAGAAAGACGCAGCAGACGGAAGAUCAGUUCACCACUAACCAGUCGAUCAAUCUGCUCCAGGAGACCCUCUUCGCGCAACAGCAGCAGGUGCAGGCGCUGCAAGAGCAGGUUGCUGAAAUGUCGCGGACUAACAAGACGCUUGUCCAUGAGGUCCACACAAUGCACAAGAUUAUCGACGCCCAAAGACAGUCGCAACACGAGUUGCUCAACUACAUGUCGCACGCCGAGGACAGGAUGAGAGGACCCAGGUACCACGGCCAAAACCCGCAGAUGAACGGGGGCGCCAUCGACGACCAACCUCCCGAGUUGCGACGGGCCAGGGAGCUCUUAUCGAGCGUAACGACCAACAGCAUGGUGGACCGAGAGCUGGAGAGGCUGAACGGCAUGUAUGCGCAAAGCUCUCCACCUGACUCUGCAUCUUCCCUUAUGUUCCAACCUGGAAACACCGGGAUGCCGCCCAUGCUUGCUGAGCAUAUGAAUAUGCGUCACCUCGUUUAUCCCGUGGGCGAGAAUGUAGGCAUCGACCCGUUGUCCCAGGACCAUUUCAACAAUAUCCCUUACACCCUGAACUCCUUGCCGAUGAACGACUUCCAGGCCCAGCCCGUCGUCAAACCGGAACCCGGUCCAGCCACGCCCGCCCCUGCCGCUGCCGCGCCGCAACGCCCGCCUUCAAACGACAAGGGUCUCUGGGGUUCGAAAAAGCCGAGGGUGUAUCUGGUUGAGGACGAUAGGACAUGCUCUAGAAUCGGUUCCAAGUUCUUGACACAAAUGGAGUGCAUCGUCGAGCUGGCUGAAAACGGUAUCGACGCCGUCAACAGGUGUAAGGAAGUGCCGUCCGGGCACUUCGACCUCAUCUUCAUGGAUAUUGUCAUGCCACAAAUGGACGGUGUGUCUGCGACGCAGCUGAUCCGUGAAGUCCACCCCGACGUUCCUGUCGUCGCCAUGACUUCAAACAUUCGACCCGAAGACAUCAGCCAUUACUUCAACUGGAGCCUGAACGACGUGUUGGCGAAGCCGUUCACCAAGGACGGCAUGCUGCGCAUUCUCCGGAAGCAUGUACCGCACCUCCUCAAAAAUGCGCCGCCUGAUGAGCUCGCUGUGGGCCACGGAGCUGCCCAGCUUCAUUCUAACAGCAUGACCGUCCCCCCGAUGAACCCCAAGUCAAGUUCGACUCAACGCCGGGCCAGUCACCCGCAACAACAGCUUCCUGGCACUCGCCCGGACAAAUACACCAACCAUCCCCUAACGUAA